AUGGCGACGUUACCGCCUUUAGCUCCACUUCCUCCGCCAGAGGUGCAGAGGUCCAUACACUUGGGAGAAUGGGAGCUCUACCUAGAUGCAUGGAUCCUGUUGCUUGAAGCUCGUUUAGAGACUUCGGAGUCUGAGUUCAAGGCAUCGGCGCUGAAUGAUGAAUCUGCUGUACCUUUCUUGACAUCAUUCUACCACCAGCUCGCCGCAUCUGGAGGCCAUGCUUUUCAAUCUGGAGAAAAGAGUCGAACAUUAAGAAAACUCACCUUUCUCUUAACGAGGAGACUCGUUCUGGAGAUCACUCCACCACCGUCGGAGCUUUUGGAAUGGACUUACCUCAGUGAAAUGGGGUGCUGCUAUCCCUCAAGCUCGGCGCUGAAAGAGCUUCUGUCUGAUGCCUGGAAUAAGCAUGAGAAUGUGAUCACGUCGAGUCUUGAGAAGGGAAAAGCCCAGAUCAUCGUACAACUAUCCUCCACGAACUCCGAUAGCAUCUCCAGAGCCGUCUCCAAUAUCCGGCUGCUGACCAUCUUGGUGUCUUCACUCCCAGACUGUGGGCAUGUCCUCAUGGCCGGCUCUGACUUUUUGGAUAUUCUUGCGGAAACAUAUCAGACGCAUGAAUCAGAGGACAUUCGCAAGUCUCUGGUUGCCAAUGUCUAUGUUGGCUUAACCUCGUUAUUGAAGGGCGCAAGGCCAAACCUUACUCUUUUGUUGGAUCAAUUAUUUGGCCUAAAAGCCAGCAUCGGCGUCGGCACGCCCAAAGUGAAGAGGGAGCCUACGCUCUUGUCAGACGUUAUCUGCAGCUCAGAUUUCCUAUCCCGGCUCGAAAGAUUUUUGGUCAUGCAGCCCCAGAAACGGGGACAAGACCUCGUCUUAAGCCUCCGCGCAUAUCAAACUGAUUCGAAACCAUUCCAUCACCGAUAUCAGAAACCAAAGAAACGAGUGAAUAAAGGAAAAGGCCGAGCCUCGGAUUUCCCUGUACCAGACGAGGUGCAUGCUCAUAGGAUGUCUCUAGUCAGCCAAAUUCAAGAUCUCUUUCCCGACCUCGGCUCUGGCUAUGUCGUGAGGCUGCUCGAUCACUACGGCGACAACCCAGAAACAAUCAUCGCACACCUUCUCGAUGCUUCCCUUCCGCCGGAACUUCAAGACCUAGACAAAUCCGAACAACUUCCCCCUGUUCCAGCCACACAACGCGAUCCCCUCCCUCCAAAGCCUACGCCUGCUUCGUUCUCACCCCCCGAGCCCCGCCGAAACGUCUUUGAUAAAGACGUGGAUCUCGCUGAAUUGGCGCGUUCCGCUGAUAACAAGACCAUCCACUUCGGCCGCGCAAACCCCAGCCAAACAGCCGACGACAUCCUAGCAGACCGCGGUAAUCACGCCGCCAACAAAGCAGCCAUCCUUUCUGCCCUCGCAGCCUUUGAUUCCGAUGACGACGAACGCGACGAUACCUAUGACGUCGCGGAUGUCGGUGGCACCGUCGACGCCACAGACGACGGCACUGCAGAAGAUCGUAAAAGCUCAUCAACCGACGAAUUCGAUCUCACUCUCCUCCGCGCCUACAAGUCGACACCAUCCCUGUUUGCACGUGAUUCAGCAACGCGCCGAUCCCAGCCCCGUAAUGCUCUCAAGCGCGAGUCUGGUCUAACAGACGAAGCCAUCGAGGGCUGGGCAGUCAUGCUAAAUCGUGAUCCCAAACGACUUGCCAUGUUGGAGAGUAAACUCGCUCUUUCAGCUGGUGGCGAUGGAGGCGGGCUAUCACAACCCGAAAUACCAUCAACAUCAUACCGCCGGCCAAAAGGUGAUGCAGAUUCUGAGAGUGCAACUGAAGGCGAGACACCGACGUCUCAAAGGCCAGGAUGGAACGGCUCUGCGCGGGGCCGUGGGCGUGGGCGUGGCGGCCCUCGUGGAAGAGGACGAGGUGGUGGGAGCGGAGGAGGUCCGUCUGGAGACCAGAACUCAGCUGCUUCGCGACAGAGAAAAGAAGAGAAUAAAGCGAGUCGGGCGAACCACAAUCGACGACAGCAGCGGGCUAAGAAAGUCGCAAGAGCUGGAGGAAUGGUUGGAUAA